GGAUGAUUUCAAAUCAAAGGUGAAAAUGCUGGAAGCUCUUCAAGAUAUUGAGAUUGCUUCAAGACUUGUAGGACUUGGUGGUGAUGAUAAUUCUUCCCUGGAUGAGAAGUAUGAAAAACUACGAUGUGAAAUUUCUCCUAUUCCUCAUGACUGUGAAGAUUACCAUUUGGUUGAGAAGUAUCUCCAAUCUACUCAUGCUCCCACUCAUAAGGACUGGUCUCUCGAAGUGCUAGAAGUGUUUUCUCUAGAACGAAAAGGGGAAUUCGACAAGUUUGCUCCUUUGAGAAAUAAAUUAAAGAAUAGAAUGCUUUUAUGGCAUGGUUCACGCCUGACAAAUUUUGUGGGCAUUCUUAGCCAAGGACUGAGGAUUGCUCCUCCAGAAGCCCCAACUACUGGAUAUAUGUUUGGCAAGGGAAUUUACUUUGCUGACAUGGUCAGUAAGAGUGCUCAGUAUUGUUUCACAAACCGGAAUAAUCCUGUGGGCUUUAUGCUGCUCAGUGAAGUUGCUUUGGGAAAUAUCUAUGAGCUAAAAAAUGCUCAAUACAUGGACAAGCCCCCAAGAGGGAAACAUUCCACAAAAGGUCUUGGCAUGACAGUACCCGAAGAAUCUGACUAUGCCAAGUGGAGGGGUGAAGUAGUUGUGCCUUGUGGAAAACCGGUGCCAUCAAAAGUGAAGGGAUCAGAGCUUCUAUACAAUGAAUAUAUUGUCUAUGAUGCUGCACAGGUCAAGCUGCAGUUCUUAGUGAAGGUGAAGUUUCAGUACAAGAGGUGAACCGUAUGACUGUUUUUCGUAGUUGUUUCUGCUUUGUAGAAUCCUAGUCUUUUUGGAUGUUCUACCCACUAAGUACCUCUACAUUUUGGUUUUAUGGUGUGUCUGAAUCGGCCAAAUCUCGUUUUGGGGUGGGUGACUGGAGAUUUGGCUUCAUCCAAGACACCAAAACCAUGUCUAAAUAUGGCUUUUUGUAAGAUAUAAAAUCUAACUCUGUUU